AUGACUUAUCAUUAUGUGUUCGGAGAAGAAGUUUUUGACACAGAUCACAUUUUGGCAUCAAUAAUGAUGCUACUUUCAGGAACUCUUAUAGUCUUGCUCUUUUUGUUGAAUUUUUGGUCUGUAGCUGCUAAUACAUUCAUCUGUUACUCGACACUCAAGAAUGGAGAGAUUGAUAAAUGUACUCAUGUUCUAGUUAAAUUGGAGAACAAAAAAUCUCAUACUACCAAAAGGCAUAUAGUUCCAAUAAUAAUCAAUUCAAUCGCUACUUCUUAAGGGUAAGUUAGCAAAACAUACCAUAUUGAGGUGAGCAAAAAGAGGUUGCUCUACAACAAUGAGAGAAAAUCAUUUGCCUUUAUUCCAUUCCCUAUUAAAGAAAAAAUUGAAAUAUAUUAAGAAGCUGAAGGUAUUUAAAAUGAAUAGGAGGAAAAGAAAGCUGCCUUAGUUUGGGGUCAAAAUAAGAUAGAGAUUCCUAUUCCAAAAUUUAUGGAUAUCUAUAAGGAACAUUUAGUUGCACCAUUCUUUGUGUUUUAAAUAUUUUGCAGUGCUCUCUGGCUAUUGGAUGAGUACUGGUACUACAGUCUGUUUACUCUUUUCAUGCUCUUUAUCUUUGAGGGAACAGUUGUGAUGCAGAGAUUGUAAAAUUUGAAGAGAUUAAGAGGCAUGAGAUAAUCACCUUUUGAAGUUUAUGUUUACAGACUUAAUAGGUGGGUUAAGAUAUAAACUGAUGAGUUGUACCCAGGUGAAAUCGUCCUAUUGAGGAAAAUUAAAGCAGAUAAAAAAUCAUUAGUACCAUGCGACCUCUUAAUUUUAUCUGGAUCUGUAGUAGUGAAUGAGUCUAUUCUAACAGGUGAGAGUUAACCUUUGGUCAAAGAGAGCAUUGCUUAAUUGGAUGAUGGAGAGGAAUAACUAGAUAUUAAAGGCAUACACAGAGUUCAUAUCCUUAAUGGUGGAACUGAAAUAUUAUAAUACAUCUAUAAUGAUGAAGGCAAUGAUGAUUUUAGUCAUAUUCCCAAGCCACCUGCUCCUGGAAUCAUAUGCUAUGUUUUGAAAAAUGGUUUCGAAACUAAACAAGGAAAACUGAUGAGAACUAUUCUAUUUAGUACUGACAGAGUCACUGUAGAGAGUAAGGAAACUUACUUUUAUCUCCUCAUUCUCCUAUGCUUUGCAUUAGCUGCUAGUUACUAUGUUCUUACUGAAGGAUUAAAAGAUCCAGAUAGAAGUAGAUAAAAACUACUAUUGAGAUGCGUUUUAAUUAUUACUAAUGUUGUUCCUCCUGAACUACCUAUGCAGCUUUCAAUGGCAGUUAAUUACUCUAUCCUUUAACUAAUCAAAAAAGCAAUAUUCUGUACAGAACCUUUUAGAAUUCCAUUCGCUGGAAAAAUUGAUAUCUGCUGCUUUGAUAAAACAGGAACUCUAACAUAGAAUGAUUUGAUUAUCAAAGGUGUGACUGGAUUAAAUUUAAGCAAUCUUGAUGAAAAGAUACAUAUACUUUCAGAAAUUGGUUAAUAAGACAGAAAUUCAUUACUAGUAUUAGGAGGGUGUCAUACAUUAGCAAUGGCUGAUAAUACAUUGGUCGGAGAUCCCAUUGAAAAGUAAGCUUUUGAAGGUUUAGCAUGGAAGCAUGAUGGAAGAAAAACAUCAUCGCCUCAAUAAGGACAAGGACCACGCAUUACUUAAAUAAAAAGAUUUUUAUUUGAGUCAGCCUUAAAGAGAAUGUCAGCUAUAGUAAUGAUCGAAGAUCCAAAGUCAAUAAAUUCUGUUGAAUAUAAAGUAUUGAUAAAAGGAGCUCCAGAAGUUCUGAAACAAUACUUAAAAGAAAUUCCUCAUAAUUUUGACUAAGGUUAUUUAAAGCAUGUAAAAAAUGGAGCAAGAGUAUUGGCACUAGCAUACAAAAAUCUACCAAAGUAAUCUUCUGAAACAUAUACACAAAUCAAGAGAGAUGAGGCUGAAAAAGAUUUAGUGUUUUGUGGAUUUUUAGUUUCAGAUUGUCCUCUCAAGCCAGACACCAAGAGAGUUAUUAGAGAAUUAAAAGGUUCUAAUCAUUAGGUGAAAAUGAUAACAGGAGACAAUUAAUUGACAGCUGCUUUUAUUGGUAAGGAGUUAAAUUUUGCAAGCACUCAAAUUUCAUUGUUUGCAAGCAACUAUGAUAAUGGUAGAAUUUAAUGGAGAGACAUAGAUGACAAAUAAGUUCAUCAAACAGCAUCUUAUUAAGAAGUAGAUAAGAUUGCUAAUGAUUACAUGCUAUGUAUAAAUGGCGAUAUUCUAGAGUAGAUUUCUACUCUUAAGGAUAUUUCUAAGAUCAUCAAAAGUAUUCAUAUUUUCUCAAGGACCAGUCCAAAUCAAAAAGACUUUAUUGUUGGAAAUUUAAAUAAGGAAGGUUAUAUUACUAUGAUGUGUGGUGAUGGAACUAACGAUGUAGGAUCUUUGAAAAGAUCAGAUGUGGGUUUAGCUAUAGUAAACAAUAAGGAUCCGUCUAAGGAAGAUAAAAGAAAGAAGAAAACUAUGUCAAUGUGGUUGAAGCCAUCAGAUAUGCAAGGUCUUACAAGAGAAUAAAUGUAAGAAAAGUAGAAGAAGCAUAUGGAAGAGUACAUGAAAACAAUGCAAUCUCAAGCAGGAGGACCAGACUCAGGAAUGCCAGAAUUAGGUGAUGCCUGUAUUGCUGCUCCAUUUACUUUCAAAUUCUCUUCUUUAAGAAGCGCAAUAAAAUUGAUAUAGCAAGGAAGAUCUACCUUGACUACUACAUUCUAGAUGUAUAAAAUCUUAUCUUUAAACUCUCUUAUCUCAGCCUAUACAAUGAGUGCUCUUUAUCUUGAUGGUGUUAAAAUGGGAGAUUCUUAGGCAACUUGUAUGGGUAUUGCAAUCAGUAUUUUGUUCUUAAUGAUCUCAUUCUCUUAGCCUUUAAAGAGAUUGGAAAAAGAGAGACCGCCUCAAUCUAUUUUCCAUUGGAGUCUUGUUAUUUCUGUGAUGAUUCAAUUCUCUAUUCAUUUGACAGUGCUUGUCUAUCUGGUUAAUUUAUGUGAGCCUCAUGUUAAUAGAGGUACCGAUGAAUCACUUAUCCCAGAUGGAGAAUUCAAACCUAAUGUUAAGAAUAGCGUACUCUUCCUAUAUCAAUGGUGGCUCUAAUGUACUGUGAUAUUUGUAAAUUACAGUGGAAGGCCUUUUAUGGAAGAUCUAACUGAGAAUAAAAAGUUAUACAGAUAUAUCAUUUUGAUGUUCUUAGUUGCUUUAGCUGGUAUUCUUGACUGGAGUGAUGCUGUCAGAGAGUAUUUGGAAUUAGUCCCUUUCCCUAAUUAUGAAUUCCAGAUAACAGUUAUUCAGUGUUUAGUCGCAGAUUUCGGAUUGUGCUACGUAAUUGAGAAGACCAUCAAAAAAGCAUAUCUUAAGACUUUUAAAUGA